AUGGGUAUUAUCCUGUCCAUAUUUUGUCCUCCAAAAACAAACCAGAUUCCAAAAGAAAAAGAAAUUGUCCGUUUCUUCAUGAUAGGAACGGGUGCAGCGGGAAAAACAACAGUUGUACGACAGCUCAAAUGUCUAUGCAAGGAAAGGCCAAAACAUUACAAGGCUUACGAUAAUGACUGGAACCUGAUCCAGCCAGACAACAUCUUCACCGAAGAGGAGAUGAUGCGUUUUCGGAAAAUUAUUCGCAUCAAUAUCGCGACUGCAGUCUACAAUCUCAUACAACAAACUUUACAAUGGGGACGCCAAUGUAAGGCAGAAGAAAGUGCCCAGAACAUCAUCCAAUUAGUUGAAAGAGCAGAACUUGAGGGGAGGGGAAAAUUCAAUAUGAAUAUUCCCGUAUCGAUUGGCCAUGACUUGGUGGAAGUUCUAAUGGAUCCAAAUGUAAGCAAUGGCCUCUUGCUGCUGAAUAAUUGUUUUCUUUUUUAA